GGAGCGCCGAGCUAUUCCACCAGCCGCUCUGCGGGCGCGGCGCCCGGCCGAGCCGGCCGAGCGAUGCGCUCUGCCGCUCUGCUGAGCGGGUCUGUGCGAGCUCCGCCGGCCGCCGAGCGAGGGGUGUGCCCAGCAUGUGUGCCCUGGCAGAGGAGGACAGGCCGGUUGCUGAGCUGCUGCUGGCGGCCGGCACGUGCCCGCGCUGCGUGCUGCGCUUCUGCUGCGUGGGCUCCCCGCUGCUCUACAGACACCCAGCCCAGGAUCUGCUGAAGGAUCUGCAGGAAUUUCUGAAGACCAGCCAGGAGAAGGAAGGCACAGGGUGUUUGGAUGUGGCUGACCCACCCUGUAAGAGAAUCAGGCUUGAGCACAGCAGGGAGGAAGGGGCUGAUGAUGUGACCCACAACGGGGCUGUCCCCCAGCUUCCCUCAGCUGGGAGUGCUGCCACGGAGAGCUCGCCUGGCAAGGUCUGCAACGUGUGCCUGGGGAUCCUCCAGGAGUUCUGUGAGGCUGACUUUGUUAAAAAGGUGUGCCAAAAGGUUAAUUCUGCUGACUACCAGUUCACCAGUUUUGUGUUUUCUGUGUCACUGCCCCCACAGCUGUCUGUCAGGGAGCGUGCUGCUUGGCUGGGGGUGAAGCAGCAGAUGAGAAAUCUGGGCCUUCCCUUGGCAAAGGAUGACAUCGUUCAGCUGAAGGAAGCUUAUAAGUGGAUUAUUCAUCCCCAGCUGUCAGAAGAGUUGGGUGUUCCUGCUGAUGGAAAGAGUUUGUUUGAAGUUAGCGUGGUCUUUGCUCACCCAGAAACAGACGAGGAGUGCCAUUUCCUAGCCACAGCCUGCCCAGACUGUUUCAAACCAGCGAAGAACAAGCAGUCUGUUUUCACCAGAAUGGCAGUUAUAAAAGCCCUGGAGAGGAUAAAAGAAGAGGAUUUUCUCAAGCAUUUUCCAUGUCCCCCAAGUCCACCAAAGAAGCUCUGUGAUGCUCUGGAAAUUCAGUGCAAUAACGGUGCAGUUUUUGUGGCUGGAAGAUACAACAAAUAUUCCAGGAAUUUACCUCAGACUCCCUGGAUUAUCGAUGGGGAGCGGAAGCUGGAAUCUUCAGUGGAGGAAUUAAUUUCAGAGCAUCUGAUGGCAGAAUUCAAGGCAGACAGCUUUAAUUUUAGUUCCUCUGGAAGAGAAGAUGUGGAUGUAAGGACAUUGGGCAAUGGCAGGCCCUUUGCCAUGGAGCUGCUGAAUCCCCGCAGGAUCCGCUUCAGCGCCGAGGAGAUGAAGAGGCUGCAGCAGGCAAUUAAUGACUCUUCAGACAAAAUACAGGUUCGAGAUUUGCAGCUUGUCACCAGAGAGGCAAUUGGUCGUAUGAAGGAAGGUGAGGAGGAGAAGACAAAGACCUACAGUGCCUUGAUAUGGACAGACAGAGCAAUUCAGAGAGAAGACAUCGCGUUUCUGGACGAUAUCAAGGAGCUGAGGCUGGAGCAGAAGACCCCUCUGCGGGUGCUGCACCGGCGGCCGCUGGCCGUGCGCUGCCGGCUCAUCCACAGCAUGAGCUGCGAGUACCUGGACGAGCACCACUUCCGCCUGCGCCUCAGGAGCCAGGCAGGGACCUACAUUAAAGAGUUUGUGCACGGAGACUUCGGGAGAACAAAGCCCAACAUUGGGUCCCUUCUGAACAGAACUGCUGACAUUCUGGAGCUGGAUGUGGAAUCUGUGGAUGUUGACUGGCCUCCAACCCUGGCUGAUUAACUUCUGGAGCUGGGAUGAGGAAGCAGCAGCUCCCUGGCAGCAGCUGGUGACCAGACACUGUGCAGGACCUGUUACAGCCCGGGUGCCAAGGGUGUCCCUGGAAUGCUGGGAUCAUGUUGAUCUGCCAGAGGAUACCCUUGGGCUCCACUUUACACACUCAGGACCAGGUGGUGCUGGUUCAAUCUCUAGCCUUACUUUUAUUUCUUCUGUACAUAAAAAGAUUUUGGGGAGCCAGUGUAUAUAACUCCCCAUCCAGCCAGGUUUUAUUUUAAGCUCUUUUUCUAUUGGAUACCACAGCUUUCCUUGUGUGGAUGCAGGUAACACUGAGUUACCUGAAACCCACUCCCAAUUUUUUCUGAGCAGUUCAUGCAGGAAAUCCCAAAAUCCAGGGAGACUGCAGCCAGCAGGACAGUGCCUGCAGCAAGUUUCCCUGAGACACUGCUUUGUUUUUUUGGUCAGUGGCAGUAGAGAGGAGCAGAUUUGUCUCUCAGAGUUCUUUUCAAAGGGAAAAAAAUAAGUUUUCAGAGGAGAACUUUGCACUUAAAGCUAAGUUUUUUCAUUUAAAAACGUUGGGGAUGCUUCCUAGAAACAAGAGUUGAGGCCUCCUCAGACUUCUUGAGGAGUAGGAAUUCCCCAGUGAGUCACAAUAUACAGAAAGUCUGGGAACUCCUGGCAGUGGUGCGUGAUGGGAAUCUAAAGAAAAACAGGAACACCAAGAAUGUCAACGUGCAGGCAGAAACAAAAGGUACCACAGGGUGCUGGUAUCAAGAGAGAAGAGAUAAAAAGCUGUGACUUAGCAGCAUAAUACAUUCUUUCUUGUACCUCACCUUGGAUGGAUGCCUGGAAGAGCUGAACACAGCCUAGGAACUUGCCUGGAAUAGGGAAGAUCUGAGGUUUUCUUUGGUUAUUUUAAAUGUUUCCUACUAAGCACCACCAACAUCUUUAGGAAGUAAUUAUUUACACCAGCAUCAUGUUAAUCCAUUAGGGAGGUGCUUCCCUGAAGUACAGAAGAGAGUGGAACUAUCAACAAGAAAUUAAGGUUUGGAAUUUCAGAGCUCUUUGUUAACAUUUUGGGGACAGAGAGGGUAACAUCUGCCAAGACAAGCCACUGUCUGGGGACAGGGAGGGUGCCUGGGAUGUCUUCCCUCUCAUGGAACAGCUCCAUGGGAGCUUGAGCUGGAGGCUCUAAAAUGUUAAUAAAUACAUUUUUAAGGAGCUCUUUUAAGGCUCUGCCUGUGCUGGGCUGUCAGAACUUGUGUCUCUAACGUAAGUAAUUCAGGAGCUCCUGUUUUUCUAACACAAAAAUUUGAUUCAGACAGAAAUACUAUUUUUGGGUUUAAUAUUAAAGCUCUUAUGAGCAACAGAUUCCAUUAGUAGUUCUCAGAUAAUAAUCUGCAGCUAGGAAGGAAAUGUCAUUAAUGAUGGAAAACUCAAGAAACUGAAUUCAGAAAACAAAAGAGAAUUUCUUAUCUGUGUGAUUUCUUAAAACUCACAGCUAAACUACGAUUUAUAAAUUCCAUAAUCUGCAAGGGAAAGGAAAAAUGUAAACAAGACUGUGCUCUCUGGACACAACAGGCAUGGGAAGAGCUGUUCCAAGGGAAAUGGAGCCAGAAGGGGGAGAGGGAGAGGGCUGCUGCAGUAGUGCCAAGGACACACAAGGCUCUUCCCUCUGCAGCUCCUGCUGCAGGGGGGAUCCCAGGCAGAACCCAGGGCAAACAGGGCCAUCAAGAGACCCUCACUGUGCUGGGUCUGAGCUGAGCUCUUCUCUGGCAAGGCACAGAGCUCCUCCCAGAACUCCCAGGCUGUUUGUUUUUAUGGUAAAUGUCCAAAUGGGGGGGUGGAAGCUGAUAUGCAAAUAUCCCCGAGUUCUUGAGGCAGGGCACCAGUCACAGCAGAAAUGAAACUGAGAAAUGUAAUCUGGGGGUCUGAACUUUGUUUCCAGUCCAGUUUUGCAACCAUCACGUCCUGAAUAUUGCAGCAAUAACAUUCAUGUUGUACUUGGGCCUUCAGCUGAUUUUUAGGAGUAUUUUUGUGAGUGCUCAAGCUCGGUGUUUGGUGAGAGCCAGAAUUCAUCUUGUAUUUCCCCAGCUGGACACCUCUAAUCCUCCCCCCUGCAUUUUGGUUUUGCACCAGCUCAGCUGGGCCUGGAGAGCUGAACUGGCAGCACAGCUCAGCCAAAAGCAGCUGUGCCCUUGUCCCCUCUGCCUAAAAACCCAACAGCUCUGCCACAAAUCCUGCUGGGGCAGAUCAGCCCUCACAGGCCUGAGGUUUUAUAGUGCCCACCAGCUACAGGGAGCAGAAAAUACUCCCAAAAACCCCAGGACAAGCAACCAAGAACCUACCUUGUCCCUUUUCCCUGCCUUUCCCGUGGUGAGGGACGUCACCAAGCCGAGGAGGUUGCAGAAGCUGAGCACUUGGUAUAACCAGUUUUUUUUAAUUACCAAACCAACUCGUUUACAAAGGAAAACAGAACUUUGAAAAUAUUUAAUUAUACAGUAAAAACAAAUUGUACUACAAAGAGCUUUCUAUGAAGUGAGUAAAAUGUUUACAUUUAAUAUACUUAAAAUUGAGAACUUCAGAAAAAAAAAAAAGAACUGAAUAAACAACAUGAUUCAAGCUU